AAUUGUUACCUGGGCAAUAAAAGGCACCUCUGCGGCGGGGACCCGGGAGUGGGCACAUGGGGGUGCGGGUGUGCAGGUGCCAAGCGCCAUGGGUUAGGCCCGAGAUUGGAGUCCGGCCGCCCCCCGACAGCAGCCGCCUCCUGCUCCCCACGCGCCCCAGGCGCCACCAUGUCGGGCGACAAACUUCUGAGCGAACUCGGCUAUAAGCUGGGACGCACGAUAGGCGAGGGCAGUUACUCCAAGGUGAAGGUGGCCACGUCCAAGAAAUACAAGGGCACAGUGGCCAUCAAGGUGGUGGACCGGCGGCGCGCGCCGCCCGACUUCGUCAACAAGUUUCUGCCACGCGAGCUGUCCAUCCUUCGAGGCGUGCGACACCCGCACAUCGUGCACGUCUUCGAGUUCAUCGAGGUAUGCAAUGGGAAGCUCUAUAUCGUGAUGGAGGCGGCUGCCACCGACCUGCUGCAGGCAGUGCAGCGCAACGGGCGCAUCCCCGGGAGCCAGGCGCGCGACCUCUUUGCGCAGAUCGCUGGGGCUGUGCGUUACCUGCAUGACCACCACUUGGUGCACCGUGACCUCAAGUGCGAAAACGUGCUGCUGAGCCCCGACGAGCGCCGCGUGAAGCUCACUGACUUUGGCUUUGGUCGCCAGGCACACGGCUAUCCUGACCUGAGCACUACCUACUGCGGCUCGGCCGCCUACGCGUCUCCUGAGGUACUCUUGGGUAUCCCAUACGACCCCAAGAAGUACGAUGUGUGGAGCCUGGGCGUCGUGCUCUACGUCAUGGUCACCGGGUGCAUGCCCUUCGACGACUCGGACAUCGCUGGUCUGCCAAGGCGCCAGAAGCGCGGCGUCCUCUACCCCGAUGGCCUCGAGCUGUCGGAGCGCUGCAAGGCCCUGAUCGCAGAAUUGCUGCAGUUCAGCCCAUCUGCCAGGCCCUCAGCGGGCCAGGUAGCACGCAACGGCUGGCUGCGUGCUGGGGACUCCAGCUAGAAGCCGGGGUUCCCACCAUUCCCGCCGCCCGGAGCACUGCGCAAGCGCAGUGCAUGCGCACAAAGCGCGCUUCGUACUCUCGCGAAGCCGACACGC